AUGUCUUUUAUCAAAUUAAUAGGAAUUGACAAUUAAGAAAUCGUAUUCGAAGAGAAUAAAAAUAGUGUGUAUUUUAACUCACUAAUCUAAGCAAGGAAAUUAAAUUAUUGUGUAUCGCGAAACUCGAAAGAAGAAUUAAAAUUAAAGUUAAAACAACAGAUCCUGACGUAUUUCAAGUUGUAGGCAAACCUUUAGUAUUUACGGAUAUCGAUUAAAAAGGAGUCCUCUUGAUCAAGGCUAAUAGUGCUAAGAAAAGAGACAAUGGCAAAGAUAAAAUCCGAAUUGAAGCAUAUGAUUAUGAGGAUAGUUUACCUUAAUCAGCAUUUGGUUCAUCUGACCUUAAGCCACCAAAUAUUUAAGAGAUUAUAUUGACAGUUAGAGUAUUGAGUAAUAAAACAAAUCAAUAAGUUAAUGAUUAAAAUUUAGUUGAAUCAUAAAGUUUGUUAGAUAAACAAAUGGAUUUGAUUGCAGAAUCAAAAUUAAUAACUUAUCCUUCAAAGUUUGGUUAUGAUUACAAAUUUCUAUCUUCUAAUGUUAAAUUUGAUAAUGUAGUAGAGAGAUAAAAAAGUGAAUUUUUGAGUAUGUACCAAUAAAAAAGUUAGAUUAAUACUUCAAAUAUUAGAGUAGAAAAAUAACCAUAAUAUAAAUAAGAAUAUGAGUAGUAUUUAAUAUUAACAGAUGAAUAGGAAAAAGAGUUAUUCAAAUUAAGUGAAUUGAAAAACAAACUUCAAAGAUAAAAAUUAAAAUAGUAAUAAAUAGUUGAAACACCAAAACCUAAAUAACUAAAUACUUUGCAUAUAGGUUAUGCAAUAAUAACUGUUAUUUUGAGUUUUAUGAUUGGAAUGCUUGCAAAAACAUGA